AUCGUCCCAUCCAGAGUCCACAUUCCUUUAAACGGAGGCUGCCGGAGGGGCGUGCUCGCUCAGAGUCGGUCUUUUUUCGCACCAGCGGGGACGCACCACCGUUCACCCACCGAGACUUCGCCAUGGCUUCAGCGCUGCGCUACUCGCCCUUAAUGUUGUCUUUUAUUUAUCUGUCCGUGCUGUUCGCUCGUGUGUUUUGCGACGCCGAUGCAGAAGAAGACGAGCACGCCAAGCACACGUACACGGUGGAGAUGUUCAACGAGGCGGUGCCUACUGCACCCCACUUUGUCAUGUUUUACGCUCCGUGGUGCGGCCAUUGCCAGAGGUUACAGCCGGCAUGGAACGAGCUUGCGGACAAAUACAACAGCAUGGACGAUCCCCCAGCGUACGUGGUCAAAGUGGACUGCGUCCAGGACACCAAGUUCUGCUCCAAUGUCCACGGUGUCAGAGGCUACCCCACGCUGAAGUUGUUUAAGCCAGACCAGGAAGCAGUUAAGUACCAGGGUCCCAGAGAUCUGCAGUCUCUGGAGACCUGGAUGCUGAAGACUCUCCAGGACGAGCCUGCGGAGCCAGAGAGUGAACUGGAGCCUCCCAAAGCCCCAGAGCCCAAACAGGGCAUGUACGAACUCACUGCCCCCAACUUUAAGAGUCACAUAGCCAAAGGUGCUCACUUUGUAAAGUUCUUUGCACCGUGGUGUGGCCACUGCAAAGCCAUGGCCCCGACCUGGGAACAGCUGGCCACGUCCUUUGAGCACUCUGAUGACGUGAAGAUCGGAAAGGUGGACUGCACUCAGCACUAUGAGGUGUGCUCUGAGAAUGGUGUGAGGGGGUACCCCACCCUGCUCUUCUUCUACAACGGACAGAAGACGGAACAGUACAAAGGUAAAAGAGACCUGGACUCUUUCAAAGACUUCGUGGACAACCAGCUGAAGGCUGCAGUCGCUCAGGAGGAAGAGCAGGAGCCAAAUGAGGGACAGCAGGCGAAUGAGAUCCCCACUGAUGAGCCAGCAAAGGAGGAGGAAAAGUCCAGCGUCUUGGUCCUGACUGAAGCCAACUUUGACGAGUCAGUAGCCAAAGGCUUCACCUUCAUCAAAUUCUAUGCUCCGUGGUGCGGCCACUGUAAGAAUCUCGCUCCAACGUGGGAGGAUCUUUCCAAGAAGGAGUUUCCCGGCCUCACUGACGUGAAGAUCGCCAAAGUGGACUGCACCAUUGAGCGCACGCUCUGCAACAAGUACUCUGUGCGAGGUUACCCCACCUUGAUCAUCUUCAGAGCCGGGGAGCAGGGCGACGAGCAUCACGGAGGGCGGGACUUAGAGAGUCUGCACAACUUCGUGAUGAUGCAGGCGAGAGACGAGCUGUAGAAAACGCAGGUCGACGCUCACGCUCCACCACUCCACUCGCCCACGCUGCAUAUCUGGCCACUAGGACACCACUCUCUCUCCUACGGUAGCCAAACCUCUCUCUCUUUCUUCCUCCACUCGGGCUCUUUCUUCAGAAAGCCGACGACAGACUGACGGCGUCUGCUCUUUCUCCGGUGUUCACGGACAGAAUUAUUCAGUAGAGUGUUUGGAAUGUGAAUGUGUUUCUGAUCGCUGUCGCCCGGCCUUUAGUCUUCUGAGGAUCGGUUGGGUCUGCAAACCAAGUCCUGACAACCACUGCAAGCACUGUUCAAUCGAUCAGAACCACAGCUCCUUACACAAAUAGAAAAAUGUGUUGUUUAUCAAAGGGGUGGCACUAAAGUUACUGUCUCUUUAAAAAAAAAAAAAAUUAAUCGUUUCUGAAUCUGUAGCCAUCUGACUUUUUUCAACGCUAAAUUUUAUACAUGGGAUCUAUUGUUAAAUCGCAAGCCAUUAAUUUUAUGGUACUGUCGCUGAAACGGCUGUAGAGGUUGUCGUGACCCAAUGUGAAGUUGAGUGUUAAGUUGAGUGUGUUUCAUAUCCAUGCCAGUGAUGACUUAACUCUCAGGGAAACACCCACGCUGACCAGAAGAAGUUCCAAUGGAGGUUUUAUUAUUAUUAUCACAGCAUAUUUUUCCUCUUCAUUUCGAUGUCCAGAUUUUUUUUUUUUUUUUUUUUUUUUUUUAAAGUGAAAAGAACUAGUAAAAGUCUGACUGCUGUGAUCUUAAUCAGCCUUCCAUUGUUACUCCUCCUACUAUUCAUUCAGAGUCUCAGGCCCGGACCAUGCUGCCCCAUUUCUUACUAUUACUGAACAGUAUUCACAUGUACUGCUGGAUCCUUUAGAAUUUCAGGUUGUAAAAAGAAAAAAAGUUUGGCUUCAGUUUGGAGGAGUCUCGGUAACAUGAAUGUCUACAACUAUCAGACCAGGUUAAAAAUGCUCUGGAACAAGUAAACCAGUAGUGAGACAUUUGGGUAAGUGAAAGCCAGAUUCCAGGUGUAAAACAGGCAGCUGCUCAGCGUCAGGUGGACUAGCUCUCAGCUUAUAUCACCUUUCUGACUGUGAUUGUCAUUUAUUCCCAUUUCAUCUGUGGGUCAGAAUCAUUAUUCUUCCCUCGUGCCAUCAUAUAUGUAAGGAUGACAGCAGGACGGAUCAUUUUUGUCCUUAUAGCACUGAAAUAAACUGAACUUAGCUGGUGUCUGGUUUUAAUUUCUCACUCUGACUGAACACACAAGCCCACAGAUCUAACCUGUACUGGAAGGUUCAUUUUGGAGAUUUAACAGUCAGGGGCCAAGAAACUGUCACUUAUCAUAAACAUGGUAGCAGUGUCAGUUUCUGUCAAAUGUUUUAAACAUGUUGUAUCAAACUGCACCCAACGCAAAUGCUCUUGGACCAGGUUUUGUGAAACGUUUGUGCUGCAUGACGCAGGCCACCAGUGAUUGUCUAACCCAAGGUACACAAACAGACUGAGACACGUUUCUUUUUUUUUUUUUGUCAGUAAAAGUUUUUAUGGAUAGCACAUGGUCUAAGGAGCUCCAGUGACGGAAGUAAUUUUUUUUUUUUUUUCCUUUUCAUGGGUCGUGGGUUGUUCACUACCCAGAGAUUUUUGUACAAAAAGAGUGAAUAAUGGCAAGUUGUAACAUGAGAUUUCGUAAUAAAUCUUUUUCAAAAAUAA